UGCAGUCUAUCACUUAUUGUUGACUCGACUCAUUCUCUCAACGCUUCUCUCUCAUCGUCUUCUCGAUCAAUCACAGCGAGCGAAGAAAAACAAUGCCACGACGAGGGGUGACCACGAUGGCUGAUGCAACAUCAACGCCCAGACCGCAGCUCGAUCGGACUAGCCUCCUCGCUCUCUCACUUGUCAUCUCGCUUCCUCCCUGACACUCGACAACCAACCUCCAGCUCCAUCAACUAGUUUUGCAACUGCCCAACAAGAUGCACUCCAAAUUUGUCGCCAUAGUGGGCCUGUGUGUCGCUGCUUCUAUUCUGCAUGCGACUGACGCUGCUAAUAGAAUGCCCCCACGUCGUCAACUCGGGUCUUACAAGGACUACGGCCACAGCCAGCACAAGCACGACCACGACCGCAAGAAACACCACCACCACGACAAGAAGGACCACUCGCGCUACUACCGUCGCCGCCUCGAAGAUAAGGACACCAAGGCUACCGAUUAUAAGGACACCAAGGCUACCGAGUCUUCGGACUACAGCUACGGCAAAGGCGAUUAUGGUCACGGGCACGACCACCAGGGCUAUGGCCAUGAUGACUAUGGUCACGAUGACUGUGGCCGCGAUAGCUACGGCCACGAUGAUUAUAAGCACAACGACUACAAGCACAACGGAUACGGAUACGUUAGCGGCGACGACUACAAGGGCUAUGGUAGCGGCUACAGCCACAGCUAUAAGAGCUAUGGAGGCGACUCCGACGACUACUACGGUCACGGCAACGACUACUACCCUGAUUACUACUCGUCAUAUGGUGGUGGCAACGGCAACGGCUACUACCCCGACUACUACUCGUCGUACAAUUGUGGGUAUGGAAAUGGAAAUGGAUACUACCCGGACUACUACUCUUCCUACGGCUACUAUAGUGUGUGGCAAGCAAGGAGGCGUACCUCAACGGCAAGGAGGCUAUCCUGA